GCUCCUUUGUUUGCUGACCUGACUUGAUAUAGGCCUCGUCUGACCACGUGUCUCGUGGCCCAUAUCACAUGCUUGCCCCUUCCCUUCCCUUCCGCCGCCAAUUCCGCCGACUCCCGCGAAUGUCUUCGGGCCAUUGUCCUGUGCGAUCCCACUAUGCUGUCUGAUCAGGCCAUCGACGAUGCUACCGCAGCUCUUGAAGCAUUCCGCCGGUCAGAUGCCCUGGCGAAGCUGCUGGACGACUACUCGUCGCUCCUCGAUGACUACAAGCGACUGAAGAGCGACUACGAGGAGGAGAGGGAAGGUAGAGAGCGCUACAAGCAGCUCGCUCGGAGUCAGGAACGCAACCCCUUCGCCCUUGUCCUUGUUGACGGCGAUGGCUAUAUCUUUGACGAAGACUUGGUCCGCGCCGGCGAAGAGGGCGGAAGCAGGGCCGCAGUCCGCCUCAACGACGCUGUCAAGAACAGCCUGCGCCGCCGCGGCAUCGACAACUGCGAAAUCAUCAUCCGCGUAUACGCCGACUUGGUAGGCCUUUCCAAGUUUCUCUCGCGCAACGGUGGCCAAUGUGGCGCAGAGAAACGGUCACUUUCGAGCUUUGUUGCGGGCUUCAACCGGUCCCAUGGCCUGACCGACUUUGUUGAUGCCGGCGAGCUUAAGGAGAACGCCGACUUCAAGCUCAAGGCCAUGCUCCGCCUCUAUGCCGACAACACACAGUGCAAGCACAUUUUCUUUGCUGCCUGUCACGAUAUUGGCUACAUUGCGGAUGUCACGCCGUUUCGGGGUCAUGUGGAUCGGUUUACUCUAGUACGCACGCCCAGCCUCCGGUUCUGCGACGAGUUUAAGAAGCUCGGGAUGGGCAUCGAGGAGCUGCCAGGCGUGUUCCGUACAACCCCAAUACACAUCAACCACCCAGGAACCGCACUUACAAACAGGUCCGGGGUCACGCCGCCAUCCGCAAAGAGCUCGGCGAGCAUGCCGGUGAGACCUUCAUCGCCUACCAAGUCGCUGCAGUCGAGCUCGGCUGGCGAGGAGAACCAGAAGGUAUGCCAAUUCAACAAGAUUGGCAAGUGCAAAUUCGGCAACGGCUGUAAGCUGAAGCACGUCAAGCCUUCUGCAUCCUCUACGGCGCCCGGUCCCGGCCGUCUCCAGAAAAACGACUUCAGUAGCGCGAGCACCGAGCUCCACUAUCUGCCGCGCAAGAACGACAUUCCCCCAGGAUACGUUGCCAUCAAUCGCGAUGGCUGUCGGCUGGAUCCACUAUUGGAAACGCCUCCGCCAGGCGCUAUGGCUAAGUUGCGGGCCAGGCCUGAGGACCAAAAGCUGUGCAACAUGAAGCAGCUUACCGGCUACUGCGGGAACAACAACUGCCCUUAUGACCAUGAUCCGAUCUCGGACGACCUCUUGAUGGCCUUGGAGACACUCUCGAGAUCUCUGCCCUGUCCGAGACGUGGCACGUGCCGAGUUGCAAACUGCGUCAAUGGGCACGUCUGCCAGAAUCCAGACUGCAAGCACCGCGGCGGAAAAUCCUUUUGCCGGUUGCCUUAUCUGGUUCACGACGAAGACCUCCAUUUCGACUCGCUGAUGCCUGGGAUUACCAAGGACACGGAUUAUGGCGGCGGUAGUCAUGACAGAUUGGAUUCUAUAGAUGACAAAAGCAGCUGGCGUCGAACGGAUAGCACCGACAACACAUUUGACUUGCUUGGUUAAACCCGUCGGUUUACCAAGAACACACGGCCAGCACAAAGUUUUAGCUGGAAAAACCCCCUCAGGUGAUGCCGAGGCGACAUCACCAACAAUCCUACG